GAUAGAAGCUGAAAGAAAAAUUUCAAAAAAUACUGUCAAGAAGAUAUUUCAUUUUUUUGCAAACUUCUUAUAAACAAACGUAUUACAGCUAUCGUACACACGUUAUCUUUGUGUGAUUUGAAAUUUAAUUUCUUAUCGUACUUGCUAAUAUAACGUACCUUCUAACCUCUUAUAACCCCGCAAUGGCGACGGCUCACCUGCAUUCCCACGACGGAGGCGCCACCAACCAUUCCCACGAUGGUUUCUCGGCCGCCGAGCACGGGCACUCGCACGAGAUCCUCGACGGGCCUGGGAGUUUCCUCGGGCGAGAGAUGCCCAUCAUCGAGGGCCGUAACUGGCACGAGAGAGCCUUUACCGUUGGCAUCGGAGGCCCCGUCGGCUCCGGCAAAACCGCCCUAAUGCUAGCCCUCUGCCUCGCCCUGCGCGAGCAAUACUCCAUCGCAGCCGUAACAAACGACAUCUUCACCCGCGAAGACGCCGAGUUCCUAACGCGGCACUCCGCCCUGCCCGCGCCCCGCAUCCGCGCCAUCGAAACCGGCGGCUGCCCCCACGCCGCCGUCCGCGAGGACGUAUCCGCGAACCUCGCCGCCCUCGAGGACCUGCACCGCGCUUUUACGACCGACAUCCUGCUCAUCGAGUCCGGCGGCGACAACCUCGCCGCCAACUACAGCCGCGAGCUGGCCGACUUUAUUAUCUAUGUUAUCGACGUCAGCGGCGGCGACAAGAUCCCGCGCAAGGGCGGGCCCGGCAUCACCCAGAGCGACCUGCUCGUCGUCAACAAGACGGACUUGGCCGAGGCCGUGGGCGCCGAUCUGGCUGUUAUGGAGCGCGAUGCUAGGAAGAUGAGGGAGGGGGGACCGACGGUGUUCGCGCAGGUGAAGAAGGGGGUGGGCGUGGAUCAUAUUGUUAAUUUGAUUGUUAGCGCGUGGAAGGCUAGUGGUGCUGAGGAGGCGUGUAAGGCGAAAGGGGGGCCGAGGCCGACGGCUGGGUUAGAGACGUUGGUCUAGGUACCUAGGUAGAUAGGUAGUUUAUGUCGAAUAUAAGGUAAUAAAAAAAUUCACUGCCAGCCAUAUUGUGCUAUUUCAAGUGUGGUACUGAGACGGGUUGAGCUUGAACAGGAGAAGAUAAAUGUGUAACCAAAAUGG